CAGUCGUAGCACUCAACACUUUGUCACUAAUGGACACGACGUGGGACUUCGCGACGUUGCGUGCGCGAAGAGGAAUACUAGAGAGUAAAGUACACCGGUUAAACGAUAGUCGCGCUACGUACUAAAACCAGAAUAUAACUGCGAUUAAUUUGUUUCUUGCGGUUUCAUGCAACCUCGUAUCCACAGUAUACAUACAUAUCUGUGGGUAUAUCCUGUAUAUAUUUUGUCUAUACUUUUACGUAUCGUCUGUCUAUGUGAUACCAGGUGAUACAAUUAUGAGAAAUAUUGAUAUCGUAAAAUUAUAUAUCCGGGGUAUAAAGAUUACAAAUUACAUGAAAUUAUAAUCCGUCCGCAUACAAUUCUACAUACAAACUUAAUAAAGUUCAGUUAUGAUGAUAAAUGAAUGUUAUCAGUUUUUUAUUCAUUUUUUACCGGCAUAUCAAGAGAUAUGACCGCUCCAAAGAUUAAUUUUAAUAUAGAACGUAAUAUUUAAUAUAAAUGAAGAUAUUUAUAUAAGCCGUUUUUUAAUAAUAGUAAUACUUGAAUCUAUGAAUUGGAUUUGUUUUUCUUCAGGAGUUAAUAUUGUUAAAAGGUUCAUAGAACAAAAAUAAUGGUAGUGAUAUUUAAUGUAAUAUUAAUAAUUAUAGUGUUACUAAUUGCUGUUUCGUUUGUGAGAUAUUUCUUUUGGCGAAGACGACCAAGAGAUGUUAAUAAAAAGCAUGUUGUUGUGACUGGUGGAUCAAGUGGUAUAGGAAAAUGUGUUGCAAUUCUUGCUGCAAAGUGUGGAGCACAUGUAACAAUAAUUGCAAGAGAUGUUCACAAAUUAGAAGUUGCAAGAAAUGAAAUCAUUCAUGCAUGCAAAAACAAGGAUGUUCAAAAAGUUGAAUAUCUAUCUUUAGAUAUUGGUGAAGAUUAUAAUGCUGUUGAAAAAGCUCUGAGUGAUUUAGAAAGAACUAUGGGUCCAAUAUAUAUGUUGGUGAAUUGUGCUGGAACUGCAAUUUGUGGCAAAAUAGAAGAUACCUCUAUAGCAGAUCUACAGAAAAUGAUUAAUAUUAAUUUCUUAGGAACAUAUUAUUGUAUCAAAGCUGUUGUCCAAAGAAUGAAAGCUUCUCAGGAAGGAAUUAUAGUAUUAACUUCUUCUCAAGCUGCAUUAUUAGGUAUAUUUGGCUAUUCUGCAUAUUGUAGUACAAAAUUUGCACUUCGCGGUUUGGCAGAAAGUAUAUCUAUGGAAUUAGCACCAUAUAAUAUUUCUGUAACUCUUAGUCUACCUCCAGAUACUGAUACACCAGGUUUUGCUAUAGAAGAAUUAUCUAAACCACUCGAAACAAAGCUUAUAUCUGAAACUAGUGCUCUUGUCAGUCCAGAAGUAGUAGCAAAUAAACUUUUUAAAGAUGCAUUAGCCGGGAAAUUUUUCUCUACUGUCGGUAUGGAAGGAUUUAUGUUAACUGUUUUAUGCUCCGGAAUGUCACCGCUUAAUUCGAUUCGAGAAUUAUUUCUGCAAUCGAUGCUAAUGGGUAUUUUUCGAAUUGUAAGUGCCUGCUAUCUUGUACAUUUUCGAACGAUCAUUCAGAAUUGUAUGAAGACACGCGAUAGAAACAAAAAAUCUGAAUAAUGAUUUUUCACAAGCCUAUGCGUAUAUAUACGCGUAUGAUAGAUACCGAAUAUGUAUGGCGAUUCUCGUGAGAUACAGUAUCGCGAUACUCAUUUCGUGUAUCUUAACAACAUCGGCCUCUUGGUCGGUUUCACACGCUGAUAUGUAUAUUGCGAUAUGCAUAUGAUAUAUACUGAAUAUAUGUAUAUUGUUGUACAUGUAUCACAAUGGAAUCGCGAUACUAAUUUCAUAUAUCCUAAAAACCUCGGCUGCUGGUGACACUUUAUAAAGUCGGUAGAAAAAACAACAGAACAUCGAAACAAAUUGUGUCAUUCACACGGUAGAUUCGGGAUCGUUUUGGUCCUACAAAAUAGAACACCUAAUUUUUAUGUUUCUGUUUUUUUAUAAACUAAAUGCAUUCAAUUUCGUUGUUUAAUAAUUUUUAGUGAGUAACAAUCUAUUAACUAUAAAAAGUUGAGUAAUGGAAUUUUAUUAUUUUAAUACAAAAGUACUUGAAAAUCGGUGCGAUAAAUAGAUUGAAAAAUUAUGAUAAAUAUGCAUGAAAAUUUUGUUAUAUUUUAUACUUCCUUCUUUGAGAGGGAUAUAUUUUGUUUAUUAAUGUAUUUUGAAGAAACUUGUGCCUACUUCCUCACAAUAUAGCUUUUUAAAUCUGUAA